UCAAUGCACGAACUGAAUCCUUGAGUGGCAAAUACGUGGUCGAGGGCGGAUUUUGUCAUCAGAAUACCUGCAUUCAGGUUUUGAACCAGGGUCCCCCUUGUAAUGUUGCAGGGUGACUCAAUUCAGUGCAUUGACUCACUCGAAUCUCCCUGUCAAUGAUGAUGGAUAACGCUUCGCUAGCAAAGGGAGGGAAGGCCCUUCAGCGUCGCAGCGGCGCAAUAGUAUGGAACAAUGGGAAAUGACGUUGAGAAUCGGAGUUAGAGUCUCGUUAAAUGACUCCUGCGGCCCAAAGAGCGAGAAGGCCUCGCGCCCUGGGCGAGAGACGAACGGCCCUAAGGGCGAGAGCAGUCGCCCAAGGGCGCGCCAUUUGGCCAU